UUUCACAACAUAUACACAUAUCAUCAACUUUCCACACCUGUGGAUAUCUCACACUGCAUCAGAAGCUCGUAUGCACAUGAAAAACGUUCUCAAAACAUUUUUUUUUACAAAAAGGUGUGGAUCAAUGGCCAAAAUCCUAAGUAGUCGUCCAAGCACAGAAUAGUUGAAGACCAUACCUCAUCUUGGCUUCAACUCUAGCUCCUCUCCCACCUAACACUUAUCUACUGCUGCUGCUGAUGAUCUGCUUACACAUAGCAUAAGCAGAGAAGAAGAAUAAAAGAGGGCCAGCUCAUGGCUGAGUGAGACAAUCAUUGCAUUGUGAGUCCAUAACAUAGCAUACCCCUACCAUACAUCUAGCAAACAAGCCAAAGCACUAGGAUCAGACCUCAGCCAUCCGACAUCCCAAUAGGAAAAAGACUCAACCACCUUGACUUAUGCAUAUGCAUCUUAUCAUGUUUUACUUAUAGGCGCCUGGCUACUCCCAUUCUAAUAACUCUCCCGGGAAACAUACUCCAUAUCCCGUCGGAUGUAGUCAUACAUACCCCAACAUCCCGUCGGAUGUGGUCAUACAUACCCCACACCACUAUGGGUGUAUUCAUACCCCGACACAACUCUAGGUGUGGUCAUAUCUCGUAAGAAUUCUUCAGUCACCACCACAUGAGAGGUGUGACUAUCAUACAUAUCAUAAUAGAGUAAUAGCGUAGGGAGCCCUAAUUACUAUUUAGUUGACCGUGAGACCAAAGUACUCUUACUUGAUAUCCUUAUACAUGAUUGAUAGACCGUCAUUUACACAUGUUUUUACCCCCAUUCUUACACCGUUUGAGGUGUUGAUUCUCGUGUUUUAGGCCGAUUUCACGCUAGGUUGUGCUUGUUUGUGAUGUUUCAGGUCCUAGUACGUGAAUGAAGGCUUAGGAGCGAGUCUGGGGUCGAUUGGACGAAGAACGGACGAAUGGCGAGGUUUUUGGGGAGCUGCACGGGCAGACCAGGGAGGCUGCACGGCCGUGCACGUGAGCAAUAUGGUCGUGCGCCUUAUGCCGAGGACACGCACGGGCAACCCCUGAAGCUCGCACGGCCGUGCACCCUGGCCGUGCGAGAGGGCUGAAGUUCGACUAAAUGACACGCCGCGUUUUGAGUUGCACGGCCAGAAUGGUGAUAUGCACGGCCGUGCACCCUGGCCGUGCGAGUCGGGAUUUCCCGGUUUUAAGCCAAAUUCCGAACCAAAGAGGAGGGAGAGCUGGGUUUUGGAUCCCAAACACCCAAGGGACGAACCCUAGAGAGAGAGAGCGACUUGGGAACAUUCUUGGAGCUAUUUUGGAGGAUUUCUUCGCCAUUGGAGCUCGGGAAUCAAGCUUGGAGAUGGAGAUUGAAGAUCUAGAUCAGAUUUCUGCAGUCUCUCUCUUCUCUAUGGAGUAACUUCCCUUCACUUAGGUUUUGAGGAACCUUAGUUCCAUGAGUUAGGAUCUUUCUUGUAUGAAGUUUUGGAUGCUAUAUUGUUUGAUUAUAAUCGAAUGAUGCAUGUUUAUUGAGUCAAUUGAAGUCUGAUCAACUUUUCCUGAUUUCUGCUGCAAUCUGAGAUAGAUAGAAUCUGAUUAGGUUGCUAGAGUCUCAUCAUUCGGUAGUAGGAGAUUGGCUAUACGAGAGUUAGCCAGUUUACUGCUUUGUACUGGAAUCCAAUUCCAGUAGUGGAGUUCUGUGCUUAUUGCUUCAGCUUUCUAUCCCGGUGAAGACUAGUCGUCUGCCGGAUAGUUAGACUGAGAGGGCUUGGUCAGCUUAAGAGAUUCCAAGCUACUGUCGGAUCUUCCGCAGUUUAAUCAACAGUAAAUCAACCA